AUGUCAGUUCGCUCGCAUGCACCCACUCGGCUACGAAAGGAGCUUGCGAAGAUCCUUCAGCUGCAGUCUGAAAUAGAUACGCUUGAGGAGACAAUCGCCGCCACCAAGCAUGCCAUCGUCCACUCACCCUCUCCAUCCACCAACGUCACGGCCACUCUUCCUCAGCUCGAGAACGCUCACACCACACUCAAAGCAAUGGCAGAGGACCUAUACCUCUCCCUCAACAUCUCAGAAGGAUUUCCGGAGCUCAAGACUGUUCCGUUUGAUUACCUCCAGCUGUUAUUACUCACACGGGACCUCAAGAUUAAUAUCCGGAAGCGCGGGAUUGGCAGUUUCUUUGAGUGGGACAAGUUGGACCACGCUGUUGGCGGCGGCGACUUUGCUCUCGCACACCAACUCACCUGUAAGUCGAUAUCCAAACGGGCUCCUGCACUUCAAAAUUCUAUCAAGAAAUACAAUCAAUACAUCGAGAAGUUGAAAGCAAUGCAUAAGUCAACAUAUUCAGUCCCAAUUCCGAGACUGCUCCCGACCACGCUUGCAGCCCUGCGUGAUCCAGAAACUUCCCAUCUAUGGGAGGAUGUCUGGAUUGCUCGUUCAGAUUGCGAAGUUGCCCCACGAUGGCUUGUUGACGAAUCUGUUCGAUCUGGGAUACGGGCCAUGCUGAUGCUCGACCGCUGUCGUGAGGAGAGAUCACGACUUGAGGAUGAAGCCCGCAAUAUGAGCAGGUGGUAUCACUGUGAGCUCUUUGCUAUCAAGGCGGCGUUUUGUUCAGCAAAAUAUCAGAGAUAUAAGACGUUGUUUAGUCUGCUUCUUCAGGGGCACUUGCAGCUUGCCCUUUGGUGGGCAAACCCCCUUCUGUCGCUUUCUCAACUACAGGCAGAGGCGUUGACUCUAGCAUCUGUGUCUCCGAGAUCAACCUACAGUACAUUGGAUGGACAUGAAUGCGAACCGGAUGAAUUUGACGUGGGAGAGGAGCUAGACGUGGCCACUACAGACCAUUAUCUGACUGAGAUAUUGGAUGAAGCCGACGGCGACGAAGAAGAAGGGGAAGUAGAAAGGGAAGAGGGAAAGCAAAAGGAUGAUCAAGUAGAUGGCUCCAUUCAACUUGUAUGGGCAGUGCCGUCUGACCCUCCUGUUGAUACCGAGCUCCUUCCUCUUCUCAAAACCUUUCCACAUUGGCCGGUAGCUGGCAGAAUGUCAGCCCCUCGCGUCAUCCAUACUACCUUGGGUGUUCGGCAUGUUUUUACGGUCAGCGAGCUUGAUAGGAUGGAUGAUAGCACCUGCCGUCUCUCCUCAGAUUGCGUGAACGGCCUUGCUGCUAUCCUCCAGGACCUUUUGGCUAGAGACCUUUCAGCAAGUGGCACCUCAAUAUCAUCACCCCGAACUGCCCAAGACGUCGCUAUCCUCUCGACGUACCUAGUUCCAAAGGUUUUCUCCGAGGGCAACAAUGCGGGCAUCUGGCGUCUCACAAAAUCCACCAAGUUCUGGACCGCAUUGACGUGGAUUUUACCAAUACACGAUACGGAUAUCAAGCAUUGGAUGCUUGCCAUAAUAUACCUGAAGUCAGGCCGUGUUCAUUUGUUUGACAGUUUGGGUUCUAUGGGAAUUUGGGACGAUUGGCUACCGAAAAUCCAUAUCGUUGUACAUCGCCUGAUUGCGACUGCCAAUGACCACGGCGUGAAGCUAACGCCUCCAACUCCAGGCUGGAUUGCAUGGCCUCUAAUGCUGCAACGGCUCCAGUCCAACGAUUACGACUGCGGUGUAUGGAUCUUAUUUGUCAUGACGGCAAUAUUACGUGGAAAAAUCAUACCCACUACGACAGAGAAGGAGAUCAUGGAGUUUCGGUCAUUGCUUGUGAGAUUGAUAAGGUAUCUCCCUCUGUACAAACCUGUUUCGGCGUCUUCGGAUGGAGGUGAAGAUGAUUUUAUUUUGUUGUAG